UUUCAUAUGUUUAUAUUUUUGAGUUUUGUGUCACGUAUGUUUAUUCAAUUUCUCGUUGAAUUUGUCAGAACCAUAUGACUCUAUCUUUGACGAGUUGUCAGUUUGCACUAUCAUGCCAAAAGUGAAGGAACGCGACGAGCAAGAGGCGCUGAAGCUGGACGAAGACUUUAAACAGAUUUUAGUGCACGUCAGGCCUCACGUGCUGAGCUUGAGAUCUGCAGAGGAAGCGUAUUUGUGCAAGAUCUGGCUCGAUAAGCUAAACUCUACUAUCUCGCAGCGUAACUUGAGAAAUAGAUACCUGUUCGAGCUGGCUCGACAAUUAAAAGCGGGCACACUCGGGGGAAUAUUCAAGACUCAACCACCGAAUGAUCUGCUGAUGCCGCUAUCAUCAUCCUGUCACGCGGUCUGUACCAGCUCAUCUUUAAGCGAAUUGUCCGACUGUAGUAGACGUCCGACCUGCCUGACGCCAAUUGAGAGCUCGGAGCGAAGAAAUAAUCUGCAAAACGAAAUUUACAAUUCUGAAUCGAGUACGAGCGUGUACAUACAGCGUCAUGAUGACGACACGUUGCAAAGGAGCGAUUUAAAGCUUUGCGAACACCGUAUCGACGUACUGACUCGCGCGCUUGAGAAUCUUCAGCUCCAGAACGAGCGAUUGAGGCAGGAGUUAAUGAAAAAUCAAGAAAAGACGACCGACAACGAAGCGUUUCGAUUACGAAAUCGUGUCAUGCAGCUGAAAGCUCAGGCGCAAAGUCAAAGCCUCACGUGCAAAGUUAGAGCGCUCAAGAGAACUAUCGCGAAACUGAAGAAACUGAACAACAUUAUAGAACACUUUUAUGAGAAGAAAUUGCAGCGGAUUAUCAGAAAUAAAAAUCUCGAGGUCAAGAUUCUGCAGUUACAAUUUCAAGGGCAGACGAGUGAACUGUGCUUAUCUUUAUGUUCGGAGAAGCAAAACGAGAUGCACAGUUUGGUAAAAUCUUUGGAAGAAAAGUACAAGGCACUCCUAGCGGCCGCUGAUGCGGCGAUCGAAAAGCAACAACGAGAAUAUUUAACGAAAAUAGCUACACUUGAAUCUGAAUUGUAUCAUUUGAAGAAGGAUGGGCCAAAUUCAAAAAUCGCGUGACUGUAAAGUACAUUUUAUUUUCUUCGAUUAUCGUGAUUUUAUAGUAGAUAUUAUCAUACUUGAAGAUCAUCCACUUUUGUGUGAGUAGUGCUGCAUACAAAUAAAAAAUACAUCUAAUUCGCAGUUAAGUUGCACUAUCUAAAUAAAAAAAAGUUUUUUCUGUUAUUCAUCAUUUAGUCGCGCUACUUAGAAAUAUAGCUGCGUCUGACUUGCCGUUGAGUAUACUAUUUCCUCACUUUUCGAGCGAAGGAAGUGAAGGCAGAACUUUUUGGAGCUAUUUCGAGAUAGGUAAGCUGCAACUGGGGUUGCCAUUCUGUAGGCGCCACGUGUUAAACUAAUUGCAAUGAUACAGACGCUGGAAUAAAUUGUCGAAAUUGAUUGUUCUCAGUUUCCAUAGCUGGUUUUAUAUUUUUUUUCUCUUCAA